CACGCUGUGAACGUGCGCGUCUGGAUCUAAUAGAGUAGGCUGUAUCUAUGGUCCGGGCACCGAGUCCCCCUUAGCCUGCAGUUUGCAAGGUUUGAUGAGGUUCCGUUUCCACGCUUGGAUACUACUAACUUAGGCAUUGGAUAUGUGCACUCGGGAUGAUGAGAACCCCUUCCGUCCCCGUAGAAGUAAAAUAAAAUAGGCUUUCGCAUACAUUGGAUUUACUCCUCUCUUUCCAUAUGAAGAAGUCAAAAAUUUGGAUACACGUCUGUGUUCAUUUACUGCUGUACAUCACGCUUGGAGUCCAUUCAAGUGAAUUUGACAUCAACCCUGUGACAGAUGACAUCUCCAGACUCUCUGUUUUGAAACAGAACAUUCCUAAAGAUUACAAAAUUCCUGUACAUUACGUUCCAAAGGAAGAGGGUGGAAUGUGUUGGAUAAAAUUGAAUGUUUUCUAUUUGGAGGAGAGUUUAAACGAUUUGGCAAAUAAGUUUGGAAACAUUUCAUCCAACAGAAAAGAUAUAGACAUUUUUGUCCAAAUGCUACAAGAAGUGCGUCUCUACAUGGGGUCUGUGGAGCCAACAAUGUAUGAUUUUGAGUGCCACUAUAGAACAGAGAGGUGGCAGACAGCGCGAUACUUCGACUUUGUGAAAAAUUUCCUGAUAGCUGCACAGUACAGAGAUGAUUCAGUCGACUGUGAUCCACCUCCCUGCCCCACAACAUCAUACCCUACAAAAGCAACAACAAAGCAGUAUAUAACAGAUUCACCCUUGUCCUUUAAUCAAGGAAUAGACUGUGAUCCUACAACAACAGGCUGCAAAUCAUGGAAUGAACCUCUGAAGUUCCUGCCUAAGGUGGUAGAGCAAAGCCUUCUGUCAUUACUUUUCAUCCCUGUUGCAGUCGCUAUAUUUCUGCUGAUCUGGAAGGUCAGAUCAAGGAGGAACCAGGGAGACCCUGAACAGAAUCCUGGAGAAGGAGGGCUCUUCACGGGGACCGAAGGGACUGCACCUCCACUAGAUUCUGAGAUAUCGGAAAAAAACAAGUUGAAUGUGAUUGAAACAGUGUAAUCCUUCCACUCUUCAAAUUUCCUCAACAACAUUGGCCUCCAUUCUUUUAUUGGUGUACAAAGAAGAAUAAAAUUAACAUGAAGCUGAACCCCGCAGGGAUAUCUCAGAAGAGAAAGAGCUAAUUAUGAAUUCUGUCCAUCAACUCUCAAAAUUGACAAUGGCAUUGCUAUUACAGAGAAUUUUAUUUUCCAGUUAAAUCACAUCUGCUACUAAAUGGAUAAGCUUGCCUUUCUUAUUACUAUAACAUUACACCCAUCAUGCUUUCAAAAGAGGCAUGAAAUUUAGCAGAAAGGAUUUUGAACUGUAAACUCUUCACCUACUCCAAACUCCUUGGAUUUUCUUGCAUUUGUAAAUCACCCAUCACAACCUGCUGUUUGGGAACAUUUUGCUUCCAAAGCGCUUCCUGUAGGCACUUUUGCUGGAGCUGGCCUGUGUGUUGCACAUCCUACUGCCCUGCAUUCUCACACCCCUUUCCCCAAUCCCUUUUCAAUGGCAAAGCAGAGAGACUGACAUAUCUUCUGAUGGACUUGAGGCAUGAAUACUACCUCUGGUCACCAUUAUGUUAACUGUGCUCCAAACACCUCUGCAUACUUCCAUUAUUUGUUAUGGGUAUCCUAAAGAGCAUAUUGUAAAACAAUGUAGUAAGAUGUAUUCACAUUCUCUGAUGUUAGACAUGUACCCAAGAGGCUGUAUGAUGUAUUAAUUUAUUGCAGGCAGCACUACGGUGCUACUGUUGAUGAGACAACUGACAAAAUGUCAAGAGAUUGUUGAAGAGUAUCCUCUGUAAGGAGAACCGCAUCUACAAGGACACAUUUAAAGGACAGUGUAUACAUCUAAGUGGUUUCAAGUUCUAUAAUGUCAAUCCCACACAGAGGUUACCCUAAAGCCUAAAACCCCAUUCCUGUACAAGUGAAAUUUCCUUGUAUGAUGGUGUAAUUAUUGAUGUAUGACUGGAGUUAUGUGAUUGUGUGAAUGGAUAAUGUACAGUAGAGAGAACAUGCAAACAAAAUGUGCUGCUUUAACUAACUGACCAUUAAGAUCAUUGCCAGAAUCAAACUGCAACAACAUUCUACCAAUCAAAAUCAGGGCGGAAUAACAUGUAUCCAGGUUUUUUGACGCAAAAGACUGGGACUCGGAAAGGGGUUGCUGAUUAUCUUCAGAGUAGGUGAAAAACAGGUAUUGGUGUCCCAAAGACAUUUGCAGUGGGGAAUUUUUUUUCUUUUUGUACCCCAUGUCUAUUGCAACUUAAAUUGCAAAACUGUUAUGAAAAUAAAUCUUGAUACUUACUCCUAUCAAAAAAAAAAGAAAAAAAAUCUGAAGAAGGAAAGAGCUGUUUAUAGUUCAGGGACAGGCAUGCGAAUAAGUUUUAACAAUGGGACUAAGAGUUGAAAAAAGAACAAAUCUACAAAUACUUUGGGGAACUUGUGCCAAACUACAAGUUCAAAGUGUUCCACAGUUCCAGCGUUGCACAGUUUAUUCAGAGCAAUCGUGUACACUGGCCAACCCAUAAGCUUGGCCUGCUAACUCACCAGGGUGAGUUCUGUAUAUUAGUGGCUAGAAAAAUUGUCUUUUUUCUUGGCUUGGCUUUGUGUGUUAUUAAUGUCGUGCUAGAACAGUAAAACUGUACACAAUAAAACAUUUGUAGAACUUCAAAUAAAACUACCAUGUUCAGAAAUUGGGUUCCAGGACACACAACAAAGAUAUCUCCAAAACCCCAGAAAGCUGCCAUAUGUAAACAACAUGCAAACCUAACUAUUGAUUUUGCCCCUACAUUGCCCAGUUGCUCCAUAUCACAUACACCAAUAAGAGUGUCAUUUGUUUAAGAUGUUGACCUGUAGCACAACAGUGCAACAUUAAAAGAAAGUUACACAUUGUAAUGUGAUUUCAUUAAAUGUGAUGACUUUUGGAAAUUCAACAAAUUAUUCAUAAAAUUUUUUGCCUCAAAUAGGUAAAGAUCCAUGCAAAUGUUGAGUGUUCCUUUAGUUGUGAUGGUGAGGUACUUGUGCAGCAGUUAGUAUGCUGUAUAUCUUGCCAUAGAAUGUAGCAAUCAAAGAAGUCUUCAGGCCUGUUGAGAUCAUAAGUGAUGAGGGUUCCCCUGCCCUGUUCGCUUCAGGCAGUUUCAAAUUGAACGAGUAAUGCUGGGAUCAGACUACACGAUAUUUUUGCCUUUCACGAUGUUGUUCACCAUGUCAGAUUAGGCAAUCAUAGUGCCAUAAAUUCUUGCCGUGUCUUGGCCGGGAGACUGGCAACACUACAAGUAUGACCACGACCAAUCAUCAUAUGCGGCCUUUCAUGAUCUUCUUGCCUGAGUUCAUAGGUCAUUGGGCAGGAGGGUCAAGAAAUUAUCAAUCAUUUUAAGGAAUGGUUGGCAACCCUACUUGGUAAAGACACUUGUUCAUCAUUCACAAUCGGGUCCGGAACUGGAAAUUUGUCGGUGAUGACAAAAUCAUGUCAAAAUGGGGCUGAAUUCGUGUAGUCUGAUGCCGCCAUUAGACUAGCUGAGAUCAUGUGCACCCUGCCACAGUAACAAAAGAUUAUCAGUUCUUUGAUUACUGAAGGAGGAUAGCUACCGUUUUAAAAACAUCUGGAAAAAAAAAACCUUAAGAGGGUCUUUCACAGUUAAGGUAAAUAAAUGUAUUUUAUGCUGUAGUGAUUUAGCUGACACACUUGUUCAGAUCAAAUCAGUGAGCAGGUAUAGGGGUUUGGUAUCCUGCACUAUGACAGAAAAAAUGUUCUAACCCCCAGGCCACCCUGCUGCAAACAAAUUGUGUAUCAUUACAAGGAGAGGGGGGAAGUUAGAGGUCACAUACAUCUGCUCCUGUAUCUAGUUUAAAUACUUCUAUUAUGUCUGUGGUCUUUAAAUUUUACAAUGUCCAAUUUUGGGUUUUGUGCCUUGUUUGAAAAUCGUGAUUGACUCCAUGUGUAACUGUCAAAGCCUGCUUAAGUUUUUGUGUGGUUGAAGAAAGUUGAGACACUUUUACAGGGCAGAUUAGGACAACGUUACCGCAAACAUCCAACAUGAUUUAUCUUGUCAAGUGAUAGACCAACAUGCUCCUUCUCUUUUUUUCUGCGGCUAUCAACGCAACCUAUAGGGGCAGAGGUAGGCACAAAUACACCCCCCCCCAGAUCCCUACUCAAAUGAGAAUGUUCUAGAAGAGAAGUGCUACAGUAUGUCCAAAGACUUGCAACAGAAUAAAUUACAGUGACUGUGACGUUUCUGUCUGUAUGUCUACAUUUUAGCCUUUAUAAACUUAAGGACAUAAUUAUCCUGGUAAACCUGUUAAUUUCAUGUGUAUUUGGGACUAUGCUGUUGGGAAUUUCCUUUUAGGAGAGUAAUAUUUAUUGUGCGAAACUGAGUCUGUGUUUAAAAAAAAAAGUAUACCACAUUGGUGUUCAUAUAGUUCCAGAGCAGCAGUAUAUUUCAGCAUAAAUAGCUGAAAAUGCUUUGUGCGGCUGAGUAUUGUUUGUAGUGUUUAACGUGUGAGAGAAUGUUAUUGAUUCAAUAAAUUCAAAUGUUUUUGGACAACAUUUGGAACAAAAUUUAGGGCAGUUUAGACCUGACACUUUGACCUCAGUAACCUUUGUUUUUUUUUUGUUUUUUUUUCUCCAUCUAUGUGAAGACAAUUAUGCACAGUGCCCACCAUUCUAACAGACAAAUAAACAGGCUAGAGAUAAACAAGCAAACAAACUUUAUAGUUUUCAUUUUUUUUGUUAGUUUUUCUUUUCUUUUCCUUUUUCUACAGUCUAUCGAUAUAUCUUGAGCUGCAACAGGUCUAAGCUGUGAACGAAAACAUGGUCUCCCAUUUUCCUGUCCAUUUGAGAGCUUACAAGCACAGUCAGCGCAAUGCAUGGAAGCCAGCAGAUGCAUAACAUGCAUUUGUAAAGAGAAUAAUUGCCCUGAAGUACUGUUCCCAUAUGGGUUCUCUUGCAAUGUCUGACCCUAGAUGUUCUGAGAGAGAGGAAGGUGAACUGCAUGCUGAACAGCGCUUUCAGACGCAAGCGAUUUAGUCAACUCCCACUCAAGUGGGAGAAGCAAAUGGCUCUUGGCAGGAAAUAAAUCUGGGUGCCAAAAUGAAAUUGUAAUUAUUGCCCAGUUUAUGUCCUGGGUGAAACUCUACUGUAUUCUGUAUUUUUGUAUAAAUAUAAACAAACAUAUAUGAGAGCUGAAUAAAGUACAUGUAU